AUGGUGCUGCAAUACUCCUUGGCUCUCUCCACUGUCCUCCUUUUCUUCUCUUUGGUUUGGCUGUCAAAGCUAUGUAAAAGAUCCAAACUUGAGAAAUUGCCCCCGGGGCCAUGGAAGUUACCCCUUAUAGGAAAUUUGCACAACUUGGUAGGUUCACUACCACACCGUGCUCUCAGAGAACUAGCCAAGAAACAUGGACCUCUCAUGCACCUACAAUUGGGUGAAGUUUCUGCAGUUGUGGUGUCAUCCCCCAUGAUGGCCAAAGAGUUCAUGAAGACACAUGACCUUGCCUUUGCUCAAAGGCCACUAUUUCUUGCCCCUAGAAUUUUCGCCUAUGGUGGCUCAGAUAUUGCCUUUUCUCCAUAUAGUGAUUACUGGAGGCAAAUGCGAAAAGUCUGCGUCUUGGAACUCCUAAGUGCUAAGAGGGUUCAGUCCUUCUCUUCUCUUAGAGAAGAAGAGGUUGAUAAUCUCAUUGACUCCAUCCACUCAUCUUCAGGAUCUCUAAUCAAUUUUAGUGAACAUAUUUUCACUAUGACAAGUACCAUUAUAUCUAGAGCAGCAUUCGGUAGCAAAUGCAAAGACCAAGAUGCAUUUCUAUUGUUGGUCAAGGAAAUGAUAUCCUUGGCAGGAGGCUUUGAGUUGGCUGAUUACUUCCCUUCACAAAAAUUUGUUCUUGUGAUUAGUGGGAUGAAAGCUAAACUAGAGAAGAUUCAUAGGAAGAUUGACAAGAUCCUGGAGAACAUCAUCGAUGAGCACAGGGAGAACCAGAUGAGUGCAUCAGCAGAGCAGGAAGAUCUUGUUGACGUCCUUUUAGGCCUUCAGCAAAGUGGUACAGCACUUGAGUUCCCAAUCACAACCAACAACAUCAAGGCCGUCAUUUUGGACAUAUUUUCUGGUGGCAGUGAUACUUCAUCAACCGUAGUAGAGUGGGCUAUGACAGAAAUGUUGAGAAACCCUAAAGUGUUGGAGGAGGCUCAAGCUGAAAUAAGACAAACGUUUAAAGGAAAGAAAAAAAUUCACGAGAAAGACCUUCAUAAACUAAGUUACUUAAAGUCAGUGAUCAGAGAAACUUUAAGGCUACACCCUCCUGCUUCUAUGUUACUCCCAAGAGAAUGCAGGGAGCAAUGCAAAAUUGAUGGCUAUGAAAUACCCAUCAAAACCAAAGUCAUUAUAAAUGCGUGGGCAAUUGGAAGAGAUCCUGCAUAUUGGCAUGAUGCUGAAAGUUUUAUGCCAGAGAGGUUUGCUGAUAGUUCAAUUGAUUUCAAAGGGACUCACUUUGAAUAUAUCCCUUUUGGGGCAGGAAGGAGGAUGUGCCCAGGAGUAUUAUUUGGUUUAGCUAAUAUUGAACUUCCUCUUGCUCAACUACUAUACAAAUUUGAGUGGAAACUCCCAAACAGGAUGAAGCCAGAGGAUUUGGACACGAUUGAAGCCUUUGGUGCAGUUGUCAAAAGGAAAAACAACUUGCGUUUGAUCCCUACUUCUUUUACUUAG